AUGGAGGGCCGCUUGCAACAAGCCACCCUUGAACUGCUCGCCGGCAGCGACAUCCAAUUCCGCCGCGAGAACCGCCUGGACAUCGCCCUCGUAAAGAACAUGGACAUCGCACUGAUCUUCCUCCCAGCCGCCGACAUCCCCACCUUCGUCGGCGAGGGCCGCGUCGACCUGGGCAUCACAGGCCGCGACCAGGUCGCCGAGCAUGACGCCAACCUACCCGAGGGCGAGACCUCCGGCGUGGAAGAGGUGCUCGACCUCGGUUUCGGCGGCUGCAAGCUGCAGGUGCAGGUCCCCGAGAAGGGCGACAUCAGCGAAGCUAAGCAGCUCGUGGGCCGGAAUGUCGUUACAAGUUUCACGUCGCUGUCCAAUGCCUUCUUCGCGAAGCUGGAGGGCAAGGCUGCGGGCGAGAAGCUGAGCACUAAUAUCAAGUUUGUCGGGGGCAGUGUGGAGGCGGCGUGUGCGCUGGGUGUCGCGGACGGUAUUGUGGAUUUAGUCGAAUCUGGCGAGACUAUGCGGGCCGCUGGCCUGAAAGCCAUCGACACCGUCGUCGAGAGCACGGCCGUCCUUGUCAAUCCCGAAACUCCAACAAAGUUCGUGCUGUGCCAGUACAAUAUCCCGCGUGACCAGCUUGUCGCUGCGUGCAAGAUCACGCCCGGCAAGCGCGCGCCCACCGUCACCGCGCUGGAAGAGGAGAACUGGGUUGCAGUCAGCUCGAUGGUGGAGAAGAAGCGAAUUGCGACGGUCAUGGACGAGCUGACGAAGGUUGGGGCCGUGGAUAUCCUGACACUGAACAUUGCGAACUCGCGGACGAACUAG